GCGAUUUACCCUAUGUAAUAAAAUGUGUAAAUAGAUAUUUAGUGAUUCGUGUAAAUAAAUGGACCUUAUAUGUUAUUUGUAUAAGCUGUGAACCAAAAAUAAAUGAAUCAUGAUUUGAAAGCCGAAGUAACAUUCCUCAAGUCCCGAUGGAAGGCAGUGAAGGCUGCGAUAUACCCAGUCCGUUUGGAAAUCCGUAAAAUACAUGUUGGGCCUUGAACAUCGUCCACAACCGAAGGAAUCUACAGGCCAAGACUCCGACACAUGAGAAGGUAUAUGGAAUAUGGAAAAAUACCUUAGGUCACCUUUUGCGCAAAUUGAAACACCUACCAGACUUUGUCGUCAAACACAGACGAACCGCACAUAAUGCGUCAUUCAGUUCCGUCAACCUUGAACUUCUGCGCGCGACGGUCACCAACCGUACUGCAGCUUAUUAUCAUUUCAAAUUUUUCACAACCUUCCGUUAUCGUUAGCCUACGCUUCGGGAGUGCAUCGAGCCGGUGCAGUUUUCCACAUAGCUUCGAACCAAUCACAAGUCACCGAUCGGUCGGUCCAUUGGCUUUGGACUUGAAACUCUCGUGUGCAUCGCAUCAUGAUGGAUCCGCGCGGGAUGAAUCUGUGGGAGGAAGAACCGAUACACCCGAGCCCCGUGGCCGAUUACUACAGGGGAAAAGUGGUCUUGCUGACCGGGGCUACUGGGUUCCUUGGAAAACUUUACAUGGUGAAGCUUGUCCGAUUAGGAGUAAAGGAACUGAUUGUGAUCGUUCGCGAGAAGAAAGGUGUGCAACCGAAGGAGCGGAUGGUAAAGAUCUUAGAGAAGGAAAAGCUUUUUAAGGUUCAUGGACUGGGGGAGAAACAAUACAUGAAUACGUUGACCGUGAUCGCUGGUGAUAUGGAUGUACCUGGACUUGGAUUGAGUCCCGAAGAUUUGGAGUAUAUUAGAGAGAGAACGGAGAUUGUGUUGCAUGCGGCAGCGGAUGUAAGGUUCGACGAAGCCUUGAAUAAAAUUAUCAUAACGAAUGUUCAAGGGACGCUGGAAAUGUUAAACCUGUGUGUCAGUUUGAAAAAAAUGGAGCUGAUGAUCUACGUUUCGACAGCUUAUGCCAAUUGUGUUACAAAUACUGUAUACGAGAAGUUCUACGAUCCACCGGUGGAUCCGUUGAAGAUGAUGGAGCUGAUGAAGACCGUGGAUGAUGACCAAAGCGAAGUCCUGACUGAUAUGAUUAUUCGUCCAUGGCCAAAUACUUACACGUAUGCCAAGAGUUUGGCUGAGAAUUUGGUGAAGAUGUAUUUUGACAGAAUGAAUAUCGUUAUCAUUCGACCUACCAUCGUCGCAACCACGAUGGAUGAUCCAAUCCAAGGGUGGACUGACAAUCUGUAUGGAUUGAAUGGAGUUAUCGUUGGAGCGGGGUGUGGAGUCCUACGGGUUCUUCACGCAUCAGACAGCAUAAAAAUCGACAUCAUUCCGGCUGAUUUUGUCAUAAAUGGUACUCUGGUGGCAGCUUAUCGAGCAGCUGAGGAUUAUCGACACAAUGCCCCUUCCACGGAUCCAGACAAGGUUCACAUCUAUCACCUAGGCAGUGCAGUUGACAAUCCUCUAACCAACGCAAUGAUUUCAAGAUAUACAAAAACCAUUGGCGCAUCAAAUCCACCCUUGAGAUCACUAUGGAUCGGUUCCUAUGUGAGCACCAAAUAUGCGACGUUCAGCAUGAUUCUGUCCAUUCUCCUGCAUUUUAUUCCGGGUGUUAUCAUUGAUGCGAUACUCCGAUUCAAAGGCGAGAGACCAAUGUUAAUGAAAAUCUACCGAAAAGUGAGGAAAUUUACAACCAUGAUAGAAUUUUUCGCCGGUCAGGAGUUUAUUUUCGUAAACGACAAAAUGCGUCAGGUUAUGGACUCGAUGACCCCAGGUGACAAGGAACAGUUCCAGUGCGACAUGAAGAGCUUACCGUGGGAUGAUUACUUUAACAUCUACUUCCCUGGGCUGAAGACGUACAUACUGAAGGAGAAGACGGACACAUGGGAGAAAGCCCGACAACGAUACAUUCGAUUGGAUAUGAUAACGAACUUCGUACUGAGGGGUUCAGUUGUAUUAGGUGUUUACUGGAUUAUCUACUACGUGUAUAUUUUCAUAUCCCAAAAUAUAUUAGGGGAUUCGUUGUGAUUAGAAUGUGAAGUAUACUGUUUCUUAUUAUGUAGAAUUCAUAGUAAUUAAAUUUAUGAUAGAAAUGAUACUGGAUUUGUGAAAUUUCACAGCAGAUGACAGCUGAAGUCAAUUGACACUUGACAAGUUUAGACCAACAUGCGAAAAUGGCGGAACAACUAUUGCGAACUUCAAUUUCGCCCAUCCCCACUUGGCACAUUUCCAGUUAUUUAUGCAA